AUGCUGAAAGUUACUUCUGGGACAGAUGAAUCCCUGAAUAAAAUGGGGAUCCCCAAAUAUAUAAAUAGUAGGACAGACGACAACGACUACGAUGAGGACGAGUAUGGCAUAGGUGAAGACGAACAGAGGGAAAGCACAGUUUACGGUAUUCCAAGAACGUUACCAAUAACAAAUAUAUAUUCUAAUAGAUACAGAACUGCACAUAAAUUAGGAGGAUCAAGAGUACAAACUCCAGAAUUAGAUGUGCCAACCUCAAACAAUAAUAAUAAUCCUUAUCGAAAGAGGUCAACAUCAACAUAUUCAAGAAACUCCAACAAUGCGAAUGCUAUGUAUAAAAAUAUAAAAUACCGUAUAUCAGGAUAUGACAAAGCGCAAGAAUCAUAUCCAACCCAAAAUAAUGUACAAGAUACCAGGAGAUUGGUUACUGCGCCUGCAAUUGAUACUCAGGAAAGAUUGCGUUCCCAGUUAGAUGUCCUACAAGAAGUACAGAGAGUUGCGGAGCAUGAAAAUAUAUAUGAUGGCUUCCCUAUUGGAUUAGAGACUAAACUUGUCUCCUUAAGAACUGCCCAUUCCAAAUUGUUACAGAUGCUGAGGGAGAGGACAGCUAAAAUCGAAGAACAAAAGAGACAUGAUAUUAAUGCUACCGUCCUUGCGAAUAUUCCAAGCACAGUUACGACUAAUUCUGCAAGGGAAGACACCAUAAGCAAUGUGAUGUCUACAUCGAACAAUGGUAAAGUCGCAACUGUUCAUAACAAUAUAACGGGAGCACCUUAUGUCAGAACAAAAUCUACUGCACAUACAAUCAAUCCUGAAGAAAAGAAAUAUAUACAGCAGUUAGUAGAUAUUGCCAAACAACUGCGAUGA